GGAUUCAAUUAGAUCUGCAAAUCCUACCUACCUACCUCCCUACCUCCCGGAAACGGUGAGCAGCAGAGAAAGGGCGAGAGGGAAACGGAGAACUGUGGGAGGAAGAGGAAGCAGAGGACCUACACCUUCUUCUUCUUCAACCCCCCAGUCCUAACAUUUCUUCUUCUUCAAACCACUCUAAAGUCUAAAGUAAGCCCUGGAUUUCCAACAGACCUGCCUCAAUGGACUGCCAGUUAAUGAUAGAUGACAAUACAAGAUAUAUCAUUCAACACCUUUGAUGUUGAAGGGGAAUGAGGUUUUGUGCUAUUGAGCCUUUAUGCUGAGAUAUUGGAUGAUACAUGCACUUAUCAGGCAAUUUGCAGUCAUUCAGCACAAUAUUCUUUUGGGGUAAGGUGGAAUACAAGGGCUAAUGGGCUUAGUUGCAUCUGAGAGAGAAAUAUUUAGCCUUUCAGGACCAUCACACCUGACAGCUGUUGACUGGAAUAGUGCACAUCAUCAAAGAUCUGUCGCAGCCACCUUGGUUCAGGGUGUCUACAUUCUAGAGAGGGACCGCCAGGAGAAUCGCCAUGGGCCUGAAGCCCUUGCUCCCCCUUGGUGGGAGUUUUUCCAUUUUCAAUUGAUUCGUCAGCUUGUGGAUGAUGCUGAUUCUUCCAUCUUUGGGGCCAUAUAUGAAUUCAAGCCCCCAUUUUCCUGCUACAUACAGAAUGCUCCGAGAUAUGUCAUUGCCUUCCGAGGCACCAUUACCAAACCUGAUUCUUUCUCACGGGAUCUUAAUUUGGACCUUCACUUCAUCCGGAAUGGACUUCAUCAGACCUCCCGAGUUGAGAUUGCAAUACAGGCUGUCCGGAAUAUGGUUGCUACAGUUGGAUCUUUGAAUAUCUGGUUAGCUGGUCAUUCUUUGGGGUCUGCUGUGGCGAUGCUUGCUGGGAAGACCAUGGCCAAGAUGGGCAAUUUUCUAGAAACCUUUCUCUUCAAUCCGCCUUUCCUCUCUGCCCCCAUUGAAAAGAUAAAAGAUAAGAAGUUGAAGAAUGGGAUCCGUAUUGCAAGCAGCUUGAUCACUGCAGGACUCACAGUUGCUGUGAAGGCUCACCGCCAAAGAUCUCCAUCAGAAGAUGCAUUUGUUGCCUUAUCUGCCUGGGUUCCGUGCCUAUUUGUGAACCCUAGUGAUCACAUCUGUUCAGAGUAUGUUGGGUAUUUUGAGCACAGGAAAAAUAUGGAGAAGAUAGGAGCCGGAGGCAUUGAGAAACUAGCAAUGCAGAACUCUAUAGGGAGCCUAUUCAUGGCUGCUAUGGGGAAGCAAGCAGAACCGUUGCACCUCCUUCCAUCAGCUAAUCUGACCAUAAAUCUGAGCCCUUCACCAGAUUUUAAACGAGCACAUGGCAUUCACCAGUGGUGGAGGCCAGAUUUGCAUUUGAAAUCUGAAGUACAUCUUUACCAAUGACAUAAGAGGCCACUAUGUGAUAUGUUUAUUCAGGCGUGUGGGGGCUGGGGAGAAAACGGUCUUUAUCUUCUGUUUGUGCAUAUAAAGUACAAGCUUGUUCUAUUUCUGAUUCUUGUCUAGCUUAAAAUGCUUUGGAAUGCUGUUUCAGACCCUUGAGGCCUUGGACGCAAGGUUCAAAAUAUUGCAAUGCAUUGGUGCGUAUCAGUUCUUGAACCCACUGAAACUCUAUCUAUAUACAGGGUUUUUUUAAGGAGGGAAAUGUACCAAUGGAUGGAUCAUGAGGAACCACAAGGGUAACAUUUUAAGAGCAAAUAGGCAAAAAAUAAUUUGGGUUAUCAUUGAUUAAUACAGAUACAGAGAUGAAAUGUAGGCAGCGAGACAAAGCCACAUCAUGGCUACAGAGAGUAGUUACAGUAAGAUAUUUAUUAAAGGUGAUUCAACAUUCAAGGAUUGUGAGGACUUGGUUUGUGAAACUCAUAGAAUUGCCCCCCUCCCCGGAGCUGAUGUGUCUAAAUUUAGUUCAUUGCAGCAGGGGUGGUUGUUGAAAUUUCUGUCUGAACAUGUUUAUCAUUAAAAUACCAGACUUUUUUUUU